CGAAGCAGAACCUUUAGCGGUGCCCCCAGUUCUUCCAUCUGCAGCCACUCUCUCUGUCCAGUUGAGCAAGAAACAACAGUCAGUCUGAGCAGCUGGUCUACAGCCACUUCUGCUGGGUUCACAUAGCUUUCACAGGAUUUUGGGUUGUGCUAACAUGGCAUCUCUGAAGAGUGUGCUUUCUCUGGGAGUCUGUCUGUCUGCUUGGAUCAUCACUAUUGCAGCUCAGAACUCUUUGCCCCAAGCACAGAACGUGCACUGGGUCUCUCUGGACUUUAAAACCAUCCUCACCUGGACUACCGAAGGAUCUGACCUCACAUACACUGUCCUGUACUCUUGGGAUAAAACUGACUGGCUGGAAAGUGCUGACUGCAUCCAAAUGUUAGACACAGAAUGUGAUCUGACCCACAACCUGCAACCCUACGACAGGACCUACACUGCUGACAUCCAAACAGAGCAUGAGAUGCCUGAGUCUGACUAUCCCCUGGAGGAAUUGAGUCAUGUUUAUUCUCCACAGUUCAACCCCUAUAAAGAGAGUAACAUCAGUGCUGCGAACUUCACUGUGGAGAAGGUAAAUAAGAGCACAGUAAUUAUCAGCAUCACAGAUCCUCUGACCAGCAUCCAUGAGCGUGGGAAGCAGCUUAGCAUUAGAGAGAUUCUCAAAAGUGACCUCCAUUAUAAGAUCAUCUACUACAAGUCUGGAAGUACAGGAAAGAGAGAGGUCACAUCUGACUCCAGCAAGGUAGAGGUGUCCCAACUGGAUCCAGGACAGAGUUACUGCUUCAUGGUGGCAGCUUACAUCCCCUCCAGACCCAAAACUACACAGCACGGAGCCUGGAGCAGACAGCGGUGUACACCUGGGAGCAAUGACACCCUGCAAGAGUGGAGUCUUGGAGCGUGGGUUGGUGUAGUCUUCAUCUUGAUCACAGUCUUCAUCAUCACGGUCACUGUGACCAUCCUCUGCUGCAAAUGCUGCAGACAAAGAAACAAAACCCUCCAGACGACUCAAUCAUCAGCGCCUAUUUAAUGUACUGUGUGUGUGUGUGUGUGUGUGUGUGUGUGGGGGGAAGCGUCUUUCAAACGAAGGGAGCUGGCUUCUCUUCAGUUUUCUAUAUCCUCUCUGUUUAUAGGAAAACAUGGUUUAGUUAUCUAUGCUCUGUGUUUUCAGUGGUCAUUAUGUUUUUUAUUUCACAUUUUAAUAUUUUAAUACCUUGAAGGUGACCGUGCAGCUGCCGCUCAUUAGUACUUUUGUGUUUUGUUUUAGAAUAUCAAAUCCUAGCUAAUUCUAACUAAUCCUAACCACAGCAGCAGUUUCAACAGUUUUGUCAGAAACUAAUUCAAAAGAUUAAAAUGUGAUUUGUUAACCUGUUUUUACAUAUAUCUUUAUAUUUUACUGUAGCUUACAGUUGUGUCAAGACUAAAUACAAAUAACCACUACAUGUACAGUGAACUAAGCUCUUUGGUGGCAUCUAAUGGUUGCUCCAUGGAACUACAUCAGUAUUCUCUACAGAUCCACAUUCAACUAUACCUUUAGUCUUAUGUAACUAACUCGUUCAUUAAUGUCUGUUGUGUCACUAGUACCUUUUGUUGAUCAAAAGGGAAGAAAAGCAAUAAAACACAAAAAUUAAAAGGUU